AUGAGUGGCACUAAACAGCUAAGUUUCAAAUUGGUCCCAGGUGAAAAUGCUACUGAGUUACUUGAUGCUCAAGCCCACAUAUGGAACCACAUUUUCAACUUCGUAAACUCUAUGUCCCUUAAAUGUGCAAUUGAGCUAGGUAUACCAGAUAUCAUCCACAACCAUGGCAAACCCAUGACUCUCUCUGAGCUCAUCACUGCACUACCAAUAUACCCUACAAAAUCUCCACAUGUUUACCGCCUCAUGCGCAUUUUGAUCCACUCUGGCUUCUUUGCUCCCAAAAAUACUAACGAAAAUGACCAAGAAGAAGCGUAUGUACUGACUGAAUCUUCCAGGCUCCUCAUUAAGGACAAUCCCUUGAGUGUGACACCUUUCUUACUAGCCGUGGUUGAUCCAGUGUUGACAACGCCAUGGAAUUAUUUGACCACUUGGUUCCAAAAUGAGGAUCUUACACCAUUUGACACGGCUCACGGGAAGACAUUUUGGGAUUAUGGGGGGGAUGAACCAAAAUUUGCUAAUAUUUUCAAUGAUGCUAUGGCUAGCGAUGCACGCUUAGUCAUGAGCAUUGUGGUUGACAAGUGUAAGGGGGUGUUUGAGGGACUGAAGUCAUUUGUCGACGUUGGAGGUGGCACAGGAACUGUGACCAAGGCCAUUGCCGAUACAUUCCCAGACAUAGAGUGCACUGUAUUUGAUCUCCCACACGUAGUUGCUGACUUUCAAGGGAGUAAGAACUUGAAAUAUGUUGGAGGGGACAUGUUUGAGGCAGUUCCUCCUGCUGAUGCUGUUUUUAUGAAGUGGAUAUUGCAUGAUUGGAAUGAAGAGGACAGCGUGAAACUGCUUAAGCGAUGCAAGGAGGCAAUCACUACCAAUGAUAAGAAGGGAAAAGUGAUUAUCAUAGAGUUGAUGAUGGAGAAUCAAAAGGAAGAUAAAAAGUCAACUGAGACACAACUCUUUUUUGACAUGAUGCUGAUGGUAUUAGUGAAAGGAAGAGAGAGAAAUGAGAAAGAAUGGGCUAAGCUAUUUAUGGAUGCUGGUUUUAGUAACUAUAAGAUAACCCCCAUACUAGGUUUAAGGGUUCUUAUUGAAGUGUAUCCUUAAUAAGUUCUUGCAAGUUUGAUGGAUUUUCAUGCAUGCAUUAUAUUAUUAAAUUUUGGUUUCUUAUGUGCUCAUGUGUGUUAUCAGUAAUAUGUUGACUCAAACUACAAUAAUGUAUUAAUGUUCUAUCUUGUAUCGAAGGUGUGUGCAAUUAUUUAC